CACUACAGUGGAUCAGAUUACAGCGGUUAUCUUGGAAGAAGUCUUCAUCCUGUGUACCGCUGCAGGAGUCUUCUCUCUACUGCUCCUAUCCCCACAGUUUGGGAUAGUCGCGGGAGCAACACAGGAUGGAGGAGGAAGAUAAGAACAGGUGCUGGUGUGACCAUGGGCUCCAAACUGAGCCGAGGCCGAGAGCCCAAGCUCAACCACGAAAAGACAGAAAAUGGAGACCAAGCAACUAAUGAGAGAGAUAAAAAUAAAGAGGAAGAAACACUGGAGAAUAAAAAGAACCUGACAGAAAGCAAAGGCAACGAAGGAGGUACCGCAGACAAGGAAGGAGGUACCGCAGACAAGGAAGGAGGUACCGCAGACAAAGGAGGUACCGCAGACAAGGAAGGAGAUACCGCAGACAAGGAAGGAGGUACAGCAGAGAAGGAAGGAGGUACAGCAGAGAAGGAGGUGAAGACGGUGAUAGCCCUGUUGAUAGCCACUCGAAGGUUCGUUAAGCGGACGCCUCGUGAAGUCUCAGUCGCUAAGGGAGACAAACUGCUGCUCUUGAACAAGAAGAACCGCGACUGGUGGACGGUGCAGGUGAUCAAGAAUCGCCAGCAAGGUUACGUACCUAGAUCGGUGGUGGCUCGCCUCCCCACUGCCGGGGCCAUCAGGUCCCAGGCUAAGGCCAUGCUGGUGCAGGUCAACGACCCGAAGCCCAAGGUCACGAUCGCCAAGGCUGAAGAUGUCACCGAGAAGCAGACACUUCCCCAAGCUGAGCCCGGGACAACACGUCACUCUGGGAGUAACAACGGGAGUGCGGCAGGCUCCGAACCCAAAAACGAGACUGAGAACGAGUCACAGAGACUUUCCAAGACUGAGAACGAGUUACAGAGACUUUCCAAGACUGAGAACGAGUCGCAUGAGCCCGUCCUUAUAAACAAUGGCUAAAUACAAGUUAAUCAUCCCGUUCUCAUCAACAAAGGUUGAUGCUUCUUAAUCCAGCCGCCAACUCCCCUGUUUAUGAAUGAAAAACGAUCUAUACACGACUUAUGAAUGUACUUUUCUGGAGCAGAGCGUCGCUAACCUGUGCUAAAGUCGCACGGCUGUAAAUGCUUCACCCACGAACUACACAAAUAAUCGCCAACAGAACAUAAACACCCAGAAUAACCUAGCCUAACUACGCCUAAAUAUACAUCGAAUUUUAUUGUAUAAUAAUAUUAAUCAAUAUAUGAGGAAAAAACUAUUUUUAUUACACUGUUUCAAUUCAUGAUAGCGUCUUGGUGGGACGGCUGCUGCUUAUGCUAAACCUAAGGGUGGGGGGCGCCGCGCCAGUGAUCUGCUGUAGCUUGGGGGGGGGGGGGGGGGGGCCGCUGCCCCCCUGCCCCCACCAGGCAAUCCAAUGUUAUGUAUUACAUUGUUAUUUUACACAAGGUAGCAUUUUCACCAAUGUAAGUCCCCCAUUGUUAGUCUUUCUGGAAGUUACACAAUAUUAAACUUACCCUUGUUACACUUGCUAAGUUUAAUAUACUGUACAAGGUUAAUAUCACGAUGUUAACGUCGUCAUUUUAAUUCAAGUACGGUGUAUUGUUAACUUACAACGUUAAUGUUAUAAAGUUAUUUUACCCAGGGUAAAACUUUCCCCUAUGUUUAUUACCUUCAAAUUUAUAUAAUUUUUAAUUAAAGUUAUUACUAAUUAAAUUUAUUAAUAAACUGUUAUCGCCAUAGCGUGUUUAAAUCACCAAGA